ACAACAUUCUGGUGCCCCUUGGAUCAAACCGUUGGCUCAGGUCAGUCGUGCUCCUGUCUCUGCUGCCUGCACUGUGAGAGUUGGAGAUUUAGCUGGAGAAUUGGACCAGAACCGCCAUCCCUUCCCCGCAGAGACCCGGACUUUCUGGCUAGUGCUGGGACAGAGACCCCAGCAGCUUUCGAGGACUGUGACAAGCACCAGCCUUGGCCUGAGUCCCCAGAGCCAGGACCAUGGUGCACAACCAAGGGCUUCCUGCCGAGGCCCCAGAGACGAACCUUGGAGCUGCCCAGGACGGGUCAGAGUCGCAGAGAUCAAGGGAGUCGCCCCCUCAUCAGGGCGUCUCUGCUGGGAGCCCUGGUCCUGAGGACACAGCGGAGCAGGGGGUCUCUGCCGCAAGCCCAGUUCAUGAGGAAACAGCAGUGGAGGGGGUCUCUGCCGGAAAGCCUGGUCCUGAGAAAACAGCAGAGGAGGGGGGCUCUGCCCCUGCUGGCCCCAGGGACCAAAGCCAGCAUCCCUCUGUGGUCACAUCUGUCACCAGCCACUCCUCCAUCCGCGGCGUGGAACCCGUGGCCUCCAACCUCCCGUGUGUGCAGCCGCCAUGUGAGCCCCCUGGCUCGGGCGAGAAGAGAAAGCGCUCGGCAGGUGGCAGAGAGGCCGAGGAGGAGGCAGAAGAAAAGGCCCUUUAUUAUAUGAAGGUCCAGGCCGUGAAUGGCGUCUCGGUGGCCUGGGAGACCGGGGCCGGCUUUGAAGCCAUUCGGAAGCGGCCUCGGAUCUUUAAGACCAAGUACAUCGGCGGAGAAAGCUUUGCCGGCUCGGACCUGAGCAGCUCCCACACCAAGUCCGAGCUGGGGGACGUGGACUCGGAGGCAGAGUGCGGCGUUGAGGGACCGGCAGAGGAGGCGCCGCAGCAGCCGACGGGAGCGCCCCCGGAGUGGCUCCUCACCAUUGAGCAGGGCGUGCGGUGCCUGGCCUGCUGCCGAGUCUUUCCCAGCCUGGAGGCCCUGACCCAGCAUGUUAAGCAGGGGCUGCGCGAAGGCUUCAGCUGCCGCGUGUACUACCGGGUGCUGGGGCAGCUGAGGGCGAGAGACAGGUCCCAGCGGAGACGGCAAUGCGGGGGCCGGGGACGCCAGCCACGCGUCCGGGAGUGCAGCAAGUGUGGGGGACAGAUACGGCGCCCACGCAAGGCUGCCAAAUAGGCCUGGCUAGGCCGUGCCGGGGGGGAGCCCAGCUGCUGACUGAGACCGGAAACGACUCUGCCAGAGGACCCCUGAAGCCACAGGGUGGCGAGUGCUGCCAGCAGCGGGUCCGGGGCACACACACUAGUCGCUGCCCCCGGCUAGGAAGCCCUGCCCGCUCCCGGCUUGCCAGCCAGACCCGAUCUCCACCUGAGGCCAGGACAACGAGCUCUGGGACUCGCCGUGAUACGCCCGGGUCCCUGCUUGGGAAAGACCAGCGCUAUGAGCAUCAGGGCUGAGAACUGGCAGCUCCAGCAGCGCCAGGCCAACUGCAUCCCAGCCCAGCACUCCAGACCCGCACCGGGCUCCCCCGCCCCGGGGCCAACAGGCCGAACCGGAGCUGCCAGGCUCCCCCAGCCCGGCCGGAAGAGCCACCCGCAGCUCCCGCAGCAAGGCCCUGCGGAUGCCAGCAGAGCCCCAGACAGCAACGCCGGGCCCCACCCCUCCAUAGGGCUCUGGCCGACCCGGACCAGCCACCAGCGACGGCUAAAGAACUGACGGCAUCAGCCAGCCCUCCCCCUGCCAAGCCCCAGCCUAAAGCCUUGGCCGCCGGCCGCCCAGAGGGAUGGAGGGUCGGUAGCAGAUCCACGUCCUUAGAGACGCACACGGACUCCAGCCCAUCGACGGGAGGAAGGUGAUGGGAAGACGUCUCUCUGCAGCAUCCCCAGAGAUGGACGCACGGGGUGGCUACAACACACAGCCCCUGAAGGCUGAGCCCUGGCCUCUGCCCCACCGAGCAGCGAGCUGGGAGGCGCCCGCCGGCACAGACA